GCGGCGGCAGCAGCGGCGGUGGUGGUCUCAGAAUGACGCGUUGCGGCCUGCUUUGCGGCAUGGCCGCUCUGGCUGCCCUGACUGGCGCCCUCCUCGGUCCAGCCUGGCUCCAUACCGAGGAGAGAAUACCGCACUUACCGAGGCCUUUGUCGCACCUCGUCAGCGUCAGAUUCAAGCUGGGACUCUUCAAGGCCUGCCCCAAAGUCAUCAAGCCGGCUAAUGUUACUCUGCAUUUCACGGUGCCGGGUUGCAGUAACAUUCGAUACAAAACUGUUGACGAUGUCAAUGCUACAGAACUGGGAUUCGAACGACUGGAGCUCACACCUAUUGUUGUAACGAAAAUGAGGAUAUCGACACCGUUUCAAGUAGCUGCGGCGGCUCUUUUACUGGCCGGUACAAUAUCCGCUCUGAUCGGCCAUUGCUGCUCGGAUCACAGGACGCUCGUCGCUUGCGGUCUAUUUCUUCUUGGUGGCCUGUCGCUGGGUGGUGGUCUAAUUACGCUAGCCUCGUCACUGUCAGAGGCCACAUGGGAUAUUCCACAGAAAUCCAGCUCGUCCUCGACGUUGCCGUCAUCGUCCUCGUCCAACAACAAGUCCGAGAACACGAGUUUGCCUCACUACCAAUACGGAUGGUGCCUUCAACUAUCCGGCUUGGCACUCAUCCUGUCCGAGGUUGCAGCUCUUCUCACUAUAUCCGGCUACAUGGCUCGUUUUCCCACUGUCGAGGACAUGGUGCGAGUGAUGGUGCCUGGUGCCGAGAGAAAGUUGCGCGAGCAAAGAGGCCUCAGUUCAGAGUAUUUGGUUAGAGCUCAUCAAAAAUCCUCAGGACCAACUCCUUGUUCCGCAGGCGUGAAUCAUAAUCAUCAUCAGCCUUUAAAAGCACCAGUUUUUGCAGGUCCAAUGCGAAUAGCUGAAGAUGGAACUUCUUUAUUGUGCAAAACUGCACCCGACAUUUGUGCUUCUAAUCCCCAAUCAGCCAUAAGCUACGUAGAGAAAGCCGACUUGUCAGCACACAUGUUGCCGGCCUACCCGGAGACAAAGAUCGUUGAGUCGCGAUUCGUCGCGGCUGGGCAGAGUUUUCCGGUACAAGAUCAAAGCGAUCCUAAUGCCGUGAUUGAUUCUCGACCUAGCGGCUAUGUCGAUAAAGAAGGUAACCUCGUGGAUUCAAGGCUACUGUCGGAACCUCGACAGAACGUGGUAACAUUUGCCGAAGACAAAGAGCAUCCAAGCUGUCAAGAGCCUCCGGCGAGAUUCAGUGAUUUUCCUCUCCCACCGGUGGAAACGACAACAAUUGUAACCAACGACCAGCCUCAACAACAGUCGGUACAGCAGCAACCUCCUUUAGCAUUUGCCGAUAAGGAAGCUGGCAAUUUUAUUGCAAACGGAGAACACUCCAUAGUAGUCGACUCCUUGGAUAUUCAAUAUGGUUAUGAUAGUAGGUACAAUAACUUGGCCGGUCAAACCGUUCCAAUAACUCUGAAACAUCAUCAUCCGCAUCAUCGCCAAGGACAUACUCAAGCGUCGCAGCAGUAUGUCCACCAAAAUUGCGGUACCAUACACUCGGGCAUGCUGAGGGUGGCCGAACCGGGAACCAGCUCGUCAAAUCAACGUAGUAUGACACUGCAAAAUCCUAAAAGAAAAAUCAUUUCAAAUACACAAAUAGCCCAAAAUACCUUCAGCACUCUUGAGUGCGAAAAUCGACGAGGACGAGGUGUCAAUGUCGAUGGAAGAAACACUGGUCAAGUAGCAUCCGCAAAAGGUAACUUUUGUGCUGGUAGUGCAGUAUGACCGUCGACGAAGAUAUCACCAAGUAGAUAACUGAGGAAUGAUGAAACUCCACUUUAAGGGUUGCUAGAGAUCCACAUGGAUCUAAGCUUUGUUCCUGUGAAAUAAUGAAGGUGUAUACGUAAGAAUGAUGUUAUUACUAAUUGUUGUUGUUUCGUGAAUCGUAUAUCGUGAUGAAAUUGGUCACAUAUGCAUAAACUGUUAGUGUUUUUAUGAACAUAUGAUUAUAAUAGAACGAGGAAAGUAAAUGCAAAAGUUUUAUAUAUUAUUCCAUAUAAAGAGAAAUACAGAUGCCAAAAAACCUUUUCAAAAUCGAUUAACAAUUCUUAAAUCACUGCCGAAUUGCGAAAGUCGCUUACGAUCAAUAAUUUUAUUUUUUAUAUUUCUCACGUAGACUGAAAACUGUUGAUUUUUACAGUGCCUUGAAUCACUGUAAUUUUGUACUGAGAGUACCAAUUUUGAAAAAUUUGU